AUGUCCAAGAAACUUGUUGCCGGUUUGGUUGUCGUGGGCGGUGGUCUCUGGUACUACGACCAGAACGUCCACCCAAUCUUCUCCAACGAGGACAAAUUUAAGCAGAAAGUGUCCAAUGCUAAGCACCAGGCGCAACCUUCUGACGAUACCACCAAGGAGCUCCGCAAGCUAGACUCCAAGGCAAGGGACUUCGGGUCGCAGUUGAAGUCCACCGCCAACAAGUCGACCGAGGAGAUUCGUCACAAGACAGACAAUGCCAUUGAUUCCGUUAAGGACUCGGACUUGUACAAGAAGUGGCUGAAGAAGUUGGACUCGUACACUGACGAUGUGCAGCGUGCUGCGGAGGAAGUCGAGAACAAGCCGCUUGGCCCCAGAUUGGCUGCAAAAUACAUUGACUUUGUCAACCGUUUGGGCCAGACCGAGGAGGAGAAGUUGAAGGAGUUGGCGUCUUCCAACCCUAGUAGACAGAGAGAGAUUCGUGCUGAGUUGGACAGAUCCAAGCAGACGUGGGGCGAGUGGUGGUCGGGCAAGAAGAACAAGCUCGACGACAAGGCCGAGCAGGCGAGAAGAGACGCUGAGCAGACAAAGGACUCGUGGUUCUCCUGGGGCCAGGAGAAGAAGGAUGAGCUUGACCUGAAGGCUCAGAGCACCAAGAAGGAUUUGCAGAAGGAGAAGGAUUCGUGGUUGAACUGGGGCCAGGAUAAGAAGGACGAGGCUGCUAAGAACGCCAAGGAUGCCCGCAAGGACUUGGAGAAGCAGAAGGACUCGUGGCUCAGCUGGGGCCAGGACAAGAAGGAUGAGGCCAAGAAGAACCUCGACCAGCAGGGAAACGAGUGGUCCAACACCUUUGAGGCUGGCAAGCAGAGAGCUUUGGACGAGUACUACCGUGCUAAGAAGAACUUGGAAGACUUGACCAAGCUGGCGAGUGAGAAGGCCAAUAACGCCAAGAACGAGGUGAACCCUGACGAUCGCUACUUGACCAAAGCCAAGGAUGACUUCCAGAGUGCCUUGGGCAACUUGAGCAAGUACGGCAGCGACUUGGUUGACCAGGCCGACAGAGCCAUCCGCGGCAACAAAUAA